GGUAUUCGUUUAGUAUGUGACCUACCGGAUGAAAAUCGAAUUUAGUAUGUGACCUACCUGUAUUACUGGGUUUAGUGUGUGACCUACCUAGACGAUUAUCUAUAUUAUAGGUAUAGACAAUCUAUGCUUGCUUAUCUUUAUAGUUAUAUUAUAUUAUAUUUACUGGUUUUUACCAAUAGAUAUUUUGUCAUUCUAACAUUAUCGACAAUAUUGUCAGUACCUGUUCUGUCGUCAAUCCGAUAUCGCGUGUUUAAAACUUUAAAAUGUUGGCAGUCGAAUUGUAUGCGAUUAUUUCUUCUGAAAAAACAGUAUUAGAAUUUUUACAAAAGAAUAAACUAUUACCACAAAAUAACGAAACUAAUUUAUGCCAUAAAUGUCAUGGUGAAACAAAGAUGUACAUGAGGAAAAAAAGAUUGACUACGGGUGAAAUUCGAGAGAUCAGCACUAUACGAUGUAUCACAAAAGGAUGUCAGACAUAUAAAUCAAUUCGAUCAACAAAUGGAUUUUUUACAUACACUGAUCUUAAUGCACGAUGCAAUUCUAAUCUCAGUUUGGGCCAAAUACUAGAACUUAUUUAUUAUUGGUCACAAGAUUUACCCAUAAAAACUGUUUCUGAUUUGACGGGCCGUUCAAAUGCAACCAUUGUUGACUGGUUUAAUUUAUGUAGAGACGUGUGUUGUUCAUUAUUUGAAAAACGUGAAAAGAUGGGAGGACAAAAUAUAGUGGUGCAAAUUGAUGAAUCGUUAUUGAGAGGAAGAAGAAAGUAUAACCGAGGAAGACUGCUGCUAGGUGAUCUGCGUCAUGAACAAGUACAAGAUAACUCAGCAGACUUCCAUUCUGACAGUGAUCAAGAAAAUCAAAUAAACCUAGCUAAUUCACCUACAUCAAACAGAAAUUAUGGUCGUCGACUAGAAGGACCCUGGGUAUUCGGAUUAUGUAGUAAAAUCGGAGAUAAUUUGGAACGAAGAUUUUUUGUUGUAGAAAAACGUGAUAGAGAAACUUUAAUUCCGAUUAUCGAAAAAGAAAUAUUACCUGGUUCUAUUAUAAUGUCAGAUGAAUGGAGAGCAUAUUCUUGUUUAAAAAAUAUAGGCUAUGAUCAUAGAACAGUAAACCAUUCAAAAAAUUUUGUUGAUCCAACUACUGGAGCUCACACACAAGCAAUUGAAUGUUCAUGGGGAGUAUUAAAAACUAAAAUCCUUCGAAAAAUGCAUGGAACAUCAGCUGAAAUGUUGCCACGUCAUUUAAUUGAGGCAUGGUAUCGAUCUAUCAACAGGCAAGAUACAAUUUUUUUAAAAUUUUUAAGCGAUGUACAAAAAGUGUAUUGCCAAACAUAAUUUAAUUUUAUGCAUUUUUUUUUUUAUACUGAUAUUCUGUAAUAGUGAAAUAACCUAAUUAUAUAAUUUUUAAUUUUAACUAUUUUUAAAUUAAUUUUGACUGAUAUUAAAUAUAAUCCGUAAUUUGUAAUAUUAAUAUAUUUUGACUGAUAUUGAAUAUAAUCCGUUAUCUGUAAUAAUAAAAUAACGUCUAGUUAUAUAAUUUUUAAUUUGUAUGUUUUUAAACUAAUUACCGGACCGGUAGGUCACGCAUACAAAACGUUCACCCAAUACGGUAGGUCACGCGACCGGUAGGUCACAUACUAAACGAAU